AUGUUAGCUUGGCUCGCACGCUUUCGCUUAAAACUCAAAAACCUCAACUUUCUCUCGCGUCUACAUCCUCAAAAACAGAGUCACUCCAACAAAGUUUCCUCCUUUUCUUUCUCUAAUCUUCCAUCGGACGCUUACUGGCCCCGAGGAGCAGGAACACCGUUUAUACCUGAUAUCAUUGAGGUCGAAGCUGGAGAGGACAUAGCUGCAAAGAUUAAUGUGGCGUAUACGCAUCAAGCGGGACCACGCGAGGUCGUUAUUCUCUCAGCUUCAGGAGCUAUAUCUAGUGCGCUGCUUAACAGUCCUAGUGGAGUUGUUAAGUAUGAGGGACAAUAUGAAAUCGUUGCUAUGUCAGGCUCUUUCUUGAAUACUGAGAGUAAUGGUACUUUGACCAUAACUGGUGACUUGAGCGUGUCUCUGGCUAACCACAAUGGCAAGAUUGUUGGGGGUAUUGUUGCUGGAAUGCUAGUAGCUGAGUCACAAGUCCAGGUCGGUGUUGGAAGCUUUGUACCAGAGCGAGUGGUUGAGAAUAACACCGAGCCAGCUUCAGGUCCAGCAACAGCCAGUGGUAGUGGUGGACUAAAUGAUAGUAAAUCGCCGCUGCAUCAAGUUGGAAACUCUACGCCUCAACCAGCUGACCAGAUGUGCGAUCUUCGCCUCUGGCCUGGCAGCAACCCUCAAUAA